AUGGAUGAGGAAUACGAUGCCAUCGUCCUUGGUACAGGACUGAAGGAAUGUAUACUGUCUGGAAUGCUGUCAGUAUCAGGCAAGAAAAUACUCCAUAUUGAUCGGAACAGUUAUUAUGGCGGUGAAUCAGCCUCGUUAACACCACUUGAGCAACUUUAUGAAAAAUUUUUUGGACCGAAUGCGAAACCACCUACGGAUAUGGGGAGAGGUCGAGAUUGGAAUGUUGAUCUGAUUCCUAAAUUCCUAAUGGCAAAUGGAUCACUUGUUAAGCUUUUGAUACACACUGGUGUGACUCGCUAUCUUGAAUUCAAGUCGAUUGAAGGCUCCUACGUAUACAAAGGCGGCAAAAUUUUCAAAGUCCCAGCAGAUGAAAUGGAAGCUUUAGCUACAAAUUUGAUGGGAAUGUUCGAAAAGAGACGUUUCAAAAAAUUCCUCGUUUGGGUGCAAAACUUCGACAUUAAUAACAAAGCUACAUACGAGGGUUUUGAUCCUACCGUAAAUACUAUGCAGCAGGUUUAUGACAAGUUCGGUUUAGAUGAAAAUACAGCGGAUUUCACUGGUCAUGCACUGGCACUAUAUCGGGAUGACAACUACAAGAAUGAGGUGUUUGCGCCAACAGCUGAAAGGAUUCGUUUGUACUCCGAUUCGUUAGCUCGAUACGGAAAGUCGCCAUAUCUGUAUCCUCUUUAUGGUCUUGGUGAACUUCCACAAGGAUUUGCUCGAUUGAGUGCAAUUUAUGGGGGAACAUAUAUGCUUGACAAACCUGUCGAUGGUAUUGUUUAUGAAAAUGGAAAAGUUGUUGGCGUUAAAAGUGGAGACGAUAUUGCGAAGUGUAAGCAGGUCUACUGUGAUCCAUCAUAUGUCCCUGAUAAAGUGAGGAAAAUUGGGCAAGUGAUUCGGGCCAUUUGCCUUCUAAACCAUCCAAUACCAAACACGAACGAUGCGCAGAGCUGUCAGAUAAUUAUUCCACAGAAGCAAGUUGGACGCCAUUACGAUAUUUAUAUUUCUUUGGUGUCUAAUGCAAAUAUGGUGGCACCUAAAGGAUGGUAUAUUGCUAUGGUUUCAACAACUGUGGAAACAAAUAAUCCAGAAGCUGAGAUUUUGCCAGGGCUGCAGUUAUUGGGUCCAGUUACCGAAAAGUUUGUGAAUGUCUCGGACGUUUAUGAACCGAUUGACAUGGGUGCCGAGUCGCAAGUCUUUAUUUCGCGUUCGUACGAUCCAACAACCCAUUUUGAGACGACUUGUAAAGAUGUAUUAGACAUAUUUCAUCGUGGUACUACCACUGAAUUUGAUUUCACUAAAAUUACGCAUCUCUCACUUGAAGACCAGGAGUGA